CCUUUCCAUUUCUUCAGGGAAAAAAAAAAACAAAACCGCCAAAACCCCAAACCCUAGAGAAGCCACAACAAACAAUCUGAUCCUCUUCAAUGGCGGACUCUACUAUUUCCAUGGAGAAGCUGAAGGAGUUCUGGAACUCGCAGGUUCAGAACGAAGAGAAAUGGGCUUUAAACAUGAAGCUGUUGCGAGCUGCAGGGCUAUUUGCGGGAUCAAUUUUUCUGAUGCGCAACUUUGGUGACCUCAUGGCAAUUUGAAUAUUGAUGGAUGGCUACUCUCUCUCCCAUUCUUGUUUUCCUGCUUUGUUUUCAGAAAUUGAAAUGUAAUUAGCUUAGUGCCUGAGGGUUUUUAUAACUUCUUAAUCAAAUGUUAGAAAGUACCUGCAUAUUAUUACUGCAACUGCAGAGUUGAGAGUCUUGGCUUGAAAAUGGAUUACCUUGUCUGUAAUGAGUGAGGAGGUGUGACAGAGGGGGUACUUCACAAAUGUUGUAGGGCCAUUAUUUUUUGUAGUUGAAGGGCCUAAUCUUAGAUUUUCUUCACA